AUGUCUACACGAAGAGCAAGAAUUAAAGCUGUUAAUUUUUUGCCACUGCGACGAAAAAAUACUGAAACAUCUGAGAAUAAAAAUAAAGUCUCUGAAUCAAAGGACAAUGCAGAAAAAAAAUCCACAGAUUCUCAGACACCCCUGCCUUUAGUCUCCGCAAAUCAAGAAGAAAAUACAAGCUUAAUAAAAAAUACGCCGGAAAACCAAAACUCAGGUACCAACACGCCGUCAAAAGAACAGAGCUUAAAUAAAUCGCCGGCCGCUCACAAUACAACACCUGGCGAACCCCCUCACAAGGCAAACACUUCAACGUCAUUAAAAGAUAAAGCACAAACAAUUAAUUCAGUAAAAAGUACCAACAUUUUCGUAUCCCCUCUAAGACGAGAUAGUCCAAAAAAGACAUUCGCAUCUCCAAUCGUCCCUUCACCUAAAAUCAUAAGAAAUGUGGAACAAAAAUUAAACACACCACUCAUUGGUAGAAAGACUCCUGUAGCACAAAAAAUCAAUGAAAGUAAUGAACUUCAAAUAUCAGGAAGUGUUAUUAACAUCACUCACAAUAUUACUAAUGAGAGUCGGAAGAAUGAUCAAAGUGAACCUGGUACACCUACCACAGUGAAUGAUGAAGCGAUGGAUGGUAUAAUUCCCUUACAAUCAGCAUCAACUGCACCUAAGCCAAUUGAGUUGUUGAAGAGUGAAAUUAUAUCAGAAAAUGCCGAGGUUCUUUUUGAUCCAAUUGUUCCUCUCCCAUCUCCAAGUAAAGUUAGACCUAAAUUACGACCAGCUCCAAGAUUGGGGCCUCAUCGACGGAACAGUGUACAGGGUAGUGCAAGUGAAUCUGAAGAUGAAAGUAGAAGAAGUCUUCUCUCCGGAGGCAAUACACCAGCACAUCAACGGCAAAGACAGGACUCACAAAUGUCUCAUAACACAUUUGUCUCAUUACCUAACAGGAGAUCUCGUAAUGAACGUCGUUUGAACGCCAUGAGACGUCGAGAAAACGUCAAACGUGAUUCCCUAACGAUGUAUGAUCUCAUCUUCUACAACCCAACAUCGAAUCCUAUUGUUCCAGAUGAUGACGAAAUAAAUGCAAAAGAAGCAAAUGAGAAGGAGAUUCUAGAAAAUAAAAAGGAAGAAACUAAACAAGUUGAUACUCCGAAAGAAAACGCGGCACCCGUACCACAAAUAAAACUUGGACCAAAUGGGACUAUUAUGAUUGAUGAAGAAAGCUUGGUGAUAAAACAAACUGAGUCCGAUAGAAAAGUAUCAUCGGUGGUUCAUGAAGGAUCUUGGUCUAAGAGCAGUGGUUAUAAAGCAAAACAUCUCCGCUCUAGAGAUUGGAGUUCUGCGGAGACUGUUCGAUUCUAUAGGGCCUUGGCUGUUAUUGGAACAGAUUUUUCAUUGAUGGCACCUCUAUUCCCUGAUAGGACAAGACGGGAACUUAAAUUUAAGUUCAAAAAAGAAGAAAGAAUGAACGGCGCCCAAGUUGAUAAGGCGUUACGUUCAACUAUCGAAUGGGAUGUUCUGAGACUUAAAGAAGAGUUCAAAGAAGAAAGAGCCCUGGCCGCGAAACAAGCGGAGAGAGAGAGACAGAUAUUGUUAGAAGAGAAGAAGAUGGAAAGAGAUAGACUGAAGGCUGCUAGGGAGACGCGUGUUAGAUGUAGCCGAGGUUCGAAAGCUUUAUCAUCAAACAUGAUGCCAGGUCUGAAUAAAGUUCACAAUGAAGUGUUCACAGCAAAUGGUAUUAUAGAAAGAGCUACUCGGAGACCUCAUAAAAACAAACAGGAAAUAACCCAGGGAACAGACAAAAAUAAAGAUAAUCAAUUAGAUGUAAGCCAGAACACACAAAAUCAAGAUUUAGCCGUAUCAAAAUUACCACCAAUGCAGAGUAAAACGCCAGAAGUCAUUAAUACUUUGCCACCGAUACCACCAAAUAUUGAAACCGGUUCUUUGGUUGUGUUAACGGUCGAUGACCCCUCUUCUCCCGCCAAAAAAAUGCUACAGACAUACAUCGCUCGAGGCCCGGGACAGUUAACACCAGUGGCAUUACCUACAACCUUCUUGAACUCUGUAGUAGGAUAUAUGAAGAAGAACAAAGGUCAAGGAUCACCACAGAUUAUGUCGCCGGGCAGCGCUGCCAGCUACGACAGCAGAUCGAGCGGAACACCCGGAAUCCAAAACAUUUCAGUGUUGCCAAGUCCAGCAAAAAGACAACGACACAGCUCAUUCACCAUAACGCAGCUUUGA